AGUCUCCAAUUAAUGCAUGUUUUUGGGAUGUGGGAGGAAACCGGAGUGCCCGGAGAAAACCCACGCAGGCACGGGGAGAACAUGCAAACUCCACACAGGCGGGGCCGGGGAUUGAACCCGGGUUGUGCUCAUUAGAUUAUUGUUAUUAUUUAACCCACGUUUGUGUUCACUUGCUAAUAUUUAUUUGAUUAUUCUUUCUCACAUACAAAACGUUAAGCCUUAGUAUAUAUUUCCUUCUUUAUUGUGUUUCUUUAUAUUUAUAUUUAGAAUUAAAAUUGUUCUUAUCCUCCUCCUGAUAUAUUUGUUUUGGAUUCAUGACAGGGGUCAUGUUUACUUUUUCUUAAAAAAAUGUAUUUUAUGUCAAAAUGGAAACCACAUUUUAUUUCAGUUCAGAUUUUUUUUUUUUGUCUUAUAUGAAAAUGAAAUUUAGUUUUGAAUAUAACAGUAUCAGAGCCUAGAGAAGGGAUUGACAACAUAAAUGAUGGAGGGGGCCGCAAUUUUUUUUGUUACUAUGACCAGGUGGCCACAGAGGAGAAGACGGACAAGCCAUGGUAACUGCUAAAUUAAUGUUAAAUGUAGACAAGCAAAACACCAGACUAAGUACUUGAACAGUAUAUAUGUUUAACAGAAUCCUGACACCCACAGCAGUGAACUCCUCCUAACCAGAUGUAUGACAAAAAUCCUGUUUUAAAUUUGGAAAAAUAUGCACAUAUUUUUAAUUUUUAUUGCGCCAAUGUACAUCACAGUAUCUUAAUAUAUUUCAUGCACAAAAUAAAAGAUAAAAGAAGUGUAAAAGAUACAGUCGUCAACAACAAAGGGUUUGAAGCAAAUAACAAAAUAAGCGCGUAUUGUUAUUUUUUCUUUACAGUGGAAAGGGCUCUCGUGAAUAAAAAUUACUAUUCAAAGAUGGCACAAAACUGCUGAAAAGCAAGUCACCAUUAAGGGGCAUAUUCUCCCGUAUGCUUAAAUAUCCUAUGUUAUACCAAACCAACUUUUUCUUGUAUUUGGGAUGUUAUAUUGGCUCUGGGGUGCCUCAGUAAACAUAUGCAAUAUGAAUCAAAAUAAUCCACGCAUUCCUGAGUUCCAGAUGUUUUUCUGCUGAGAGGCCUGAAAUCAGGUCAUUCGAAUUUCUUAAGCUUAUCUCCGUCACUUGUGAAGAUCUCCGCCAACCUCUCUGCCCCCGAGCCAGCGCUGUCAACAUGACAAACACGUGUGCUUUCACAAGUAGUGAGGAUUGGGUCUGCUACAUGCAGGCAACCAAUCAGAGAAUAGGGGGCGGUCUUAGCCAAAUAUGGACAAAGCGGAUACAAAACUGGGUCAAACAGAAGUAUCUGUCGGAAGGACCUAUUCUGGACGUUAGUAUGAUAAAAUCAAGAUGCUUAUUGAAAUGAAAUUGACACUUUUAUACUAAGUCCAUGUUAGAGAGUCACUCUAUUGAGGUCUAAAUAGCCAAAAUAUGGGACGUUUGAGUCAGAAAAGGCAAACAGCUCUGUGCUUGUCUGUCUGCACCCAUUUUGCUGUCCACUUAUCAUUUGCGGACCUGAUGGCCAUCGGUGCACUCUGGGUGGAGUAAUUGUGAAGUGUGGGCCUUCCUUCUCAUAUCUGGCCGAGCACACAUUCUCCCAAAGACUUAAGCGCCUUAACCUCAUCCAUACUCCAGAGCCUGUAGUAAGUCUCGUGCCCUGACCUUCAACAGGGGCUUGUAAUAAUAUUAAAUGUACUUUUUAAGAAAGAAACCUCUGCCUCAUUGUUGAUUAACACUGACUAUCACGCUACUGUAUUUUAAUGUUGGUCAUUCUGGUGGUAUCUGGAGAUCCAAGUAUUUUUGGAGGUGGUACUUUGUGUGAAAAAUUUGAGAAGCGCUAAUCUACAUCAACCACUUCAACUCGACUUCCUCCAUUUAAAAGCAACACAGUGGUGAGUACUUUAUAUACUGUGGUGUUGUGCUGCAUUUCAGGUGUGUCCUCACCCCUUAUGACUUAGUUCUCCUUGGUGUGUAGAAAGGAGUCCUGACUCUGUUCCUUUUGUCUUUGUUUAUAUUUUUAGUUUUAGGAUUUUGUGGUUAUUAACUACUCCAAGAAUUAUAGUCCAAAAGAGCAUCAAAUGGCUCCCCACGGCACGCAUGAACUGGGACAGUCUGUCCAUGACUGCCGGGCCAUGUCAUGUUUGAGACUGCACAGAAUGUCACAUGAGCAGAGAGAGCCAAUCACAAGCAUCCGUUUUAGAAGGAGGGAGUGAUAGGGGGAAAAAAAAGUUUUUGAUGCUAUUUUUCAAAUGUAACAAAAAUUGUAAUCAAGGAAAUUUCCAAAAGCAACAGUAAUUUAAUUUCACAUUUUCUACCAGUAAUGUAAUGGAGUACAAUUAGAUACAUUUUGUAAUCAAAUUACGUAAUCUGGUUACAUGUAUUUAUUUAUUCCCAACACUUCUUCGAAACUAUUAUUUAAAAAAAAUAAAUAUGGGUGGGCUUUAAAUCCUACGACCUUUGAGGCAUUAAAAUUAGUUCAUACUGUGUUUGUAAUGCAAUAUUGAAGAACCCUCAUUUUAAUCUCGACUACAAAGGUAAUGUUUUUCUUUUAAAUGUUCAAAUAAGUGAAGUGGAGGGAAAAAUGACUCGCACCCAACCUUUUGUAUCUCUGAGUAAUGUGGCGUUUAUUCUGGUUGGAUUAAACACCAUCACAUACAUAUUAAUCUAAAAUUAAACUGGUUCUAUGUUGUUCAGGACACACACUGCCUAUGAUCACUCAUAGUGUUGCAACCACACUGUGUUCCUCGUGUGGGUCAAUGUUUACCUACUUGACCUUUGUAUCAGUUUUGACUUCAUCCAUUAAUCCAUAUUCCAUACCGUUUAUCCUCACAAAGGUCGCGGGAGUGCUGGAGACUAUCCCAGUUGAUACUCUGAACUGGUCGCCAGCCAAUUGCAGGGCAAAUACGAACAAACGACCAUUCGCACUCACAUUCGCACCUACGGGCAAUUUAGAGUCUUCAAUUAACCUACCAUGCAGGUUUUUGAGAUGCUGGAGGAAACAGGAGUACCCGGAGAAAACCUACGCAGGCAAGGGGAGAACAUGCAAACUUCACACAGGCGAGGCCUGUGAACUCAGAACUGUGAGGCAGAUGUGCUCACCAGUCGGCUACCAUGCCGCCGUUUUGGCUUCAUUUCACAGUGAUCAGGUGUAAGGCAGCAGUGGCCUGGGAACCAAACAAGCCUUUGACAAUUGAGGAGAUUGACGUCGAGCCGCCGCAGGCCAACGAAGUCCGCGUCAAGAUCGUGGCAACGGGUCUCUGUCGCACUGAUCUCUUCUACCUGGAUGAGACUGACAAAAAAGACAUCUUCCCAAUGGUUCUUGGCCAUGAGGGAGCAGGCAUUGUGGAGAGCGUUGGCCCUGGAGUCACGGAAUUUCAGCCAGGCGACAAAGUUAUCCCCCUGAUCAUCUCCCAGUGUAGAGAGUGUCGCUUCUGUAAGAGUCCUAAGACUAACCAGUGUGAAAACGCAUGGAAUGUUGUUCCUCACAAUGUGAGCAAAGCACCUGUCUCCAAGUUAAACUGCAAGGGAAAGAAGUUGCUGCAGUUUAUGGGAAUCAGUACGUUCUCACAGUACAGUGUGGUUAACCAGAUUGCUCUGGCCAAGAUCGACCCUGCUGCCCCUUUGGAUAAAGUCUGUCUCCUUGGCUGUGGGAUCUGCACAGGAUUUGGAGCAGCAGUCAAUAAUGCUCAGGUGGAACCGGACUCCACGUGCGCUGUGUUUGGCUUGGGAGCUGUGGGCUUGGCUGCAGUCAUGGGCUGCAAAUAUGCUGGCGCCAAGAGAAUUAUCGCCGUGGAUAUCAACGUAGACAAGUUUGACAAAGCCAAGGAGUUCGGAGCCACUGACUUUGUUAAUCCAAAGGAUCACAACAAACCUAUCAGCCAAGUUCUAUCUGAGAUGACUAAUGGCGGAGUUGACUACUCCCUGGAAUGUGUGGGGAAUGUAAAACUCAUGCGUGCUGCCUUGGAGUCCUGCAUACAAGGAUGGGGAGUGAGCGUGAUUGUUGGCUGGACCGACAAGGAAGAAUUCUCUGCUCGUCCUGCUGACCUCAUAGGUGGACGCACAUGGAAGGGCUCCAUAUUUGGAGGCUUUAAGGGUAAAGAUGGCGUGGCUGAAAUGGUUGUAGCCUACAUGGACAAGAAAGUUAAACUGGAUGAGUUCAUUACUCACAACAUGCCUUUGGACCAUAUCAAUGAAGCCAUCGAACUGUUGAGGCAGGGCAAAAGCAUCCGGACAGUCCUGAGUGUUAAUCCACAAUAAAUUGAUUAUAUAGGUUUCAAUAACUCCUAAAUAGUCAAUGUAUUUUUAAUUAUAUGAUACGUCAAGUCUUAAUACAUCACUUCAUGCUGAAUCAGCACACUCUAUCCAUAUGCAUUUAAUGAAUGUAAAUAAGGACUUUAUACAAAGCACACAACUCCAAAGGGAUUACUGUUUAUUUACAUUUUUGAAAUGGUCACAUGAGCUUAUCAUGUCCUAUAGUCUGUGUGAAGAAAAAUAAAUGAAAGAGGUCAGUGA